AUGGGGAUUGAUAUUGAUAAUUUGAAAGCUUCGUCUUUUGAUGGCAACUUUAAGCCUCCAAAAAUUUCAACUGAGCAAAUAUUGGAUACUAUCGAUGAAUAUUUCGAAAAAAAGGAAAAAGAACCAUGUCUAGUUGGCGUAAAUAUUCCGGAUGAUGAGACUACCGCCGAUAGGUUCUUAGAAAAGAAUAUUAUAGCUGCCGCUGGGAUCCAGAUUGAUUACAUUAAGAAAGUUCGUCGACAUGGAAAAAGGAGAUCAGGCAGGCCACGAGUACUUAAGAUUCGAGUUGAAGAUAAAUACAUGGUUAUGUCUGUAUUGCGUAAUAAGAACGUGAACUCGAUUUUUCCCCAUGGAAGCUUUUUACGAAGGAUCUAG